CGAGGAGUUCUCAAUAAGUCGUCUUAAAGUCAAACACUAUUGCCAAUUUAAAGUGUGCAGUGUGGAACGUAAAUCUAAGCAAACUGGAUACAUUAGGGUUCAAAUAUUUCCAUCAACGGAAAAUGGGCACAGCGGGUGACCGGCUGUUGGAUAUUCCUUGCAAGGUGUGUGGCGAUCGGAGCUCCGGCAAGCACUAUGGAAUCUACAGUUGCGAUGGCUGCUCGGGUUUUUUCAAGCGGAGCAUCCAUCGAAAUCGCAUUUACACCUGUAAGGCAACCGGCGAUCUCAAAGGCCGGUGUCCUGUGGACAAGACCCAUCGCAAUCAGUGCCGUGCGUGUCGCCUGGCCAAAUGCUUUCAGUCGGCUAUGAACAAGGAUGCUGUUCAGCACGAGCGCGGUCCAAGGAAACCAAAGCUGCACCCGCAACUGCACCACCACCACCACCAUGCCGCGGCCGCGGCGGCGGCUGCCCACCAUGCAGCAGCCGCCCACCACCACCACCACCAUCACCACCAUGCCCACGCCCACGCGGCGGCCGCCCACCACGCUGCAGCAGCCGCGGCGGCCGCCGCUGGCCUGCACCACCACCACCAUGCCGCCGGCCACCUGCCCGUCUCCCUGGUGACGAACGUCUCGGCCUCGUUCAACUACACCCAGCACAUCUCCACCCAUCCGCCCGCGGCCGCUGCUCCGCCAGGUGGCUUCCAGGGGCGUCCCCCCAGUGGCCACCUGCACCAUGGACACCAGGCCGCAUCGUUCCAGCAUCCUGGACACUCCGGACACCCCGGACACUCGCUGCCGGCCCCGCACGGAACCGCCAGCUCGAUAACCAGCGGCGGAUCCGGUGGGGGUGGUGGCGGCGGUCCCUCGCUGCCCUUCUCCUCGCACUUGCUGCACCACAACCUGAUAGCCGAGGCUGCCAGCAAGCUGCCGGGGAUCACGGCCACAGCCGUGGCGGCCGUGGUCUCCUCCACCACAACGCCUUACUCCCCGGCGGCUCAGGCCUCGCCGCCCAGCAGCAUCAACAACAACAACAAUAACAACAGCAACAACCACAACCACUACUCGCCCUCGCCCAGCAACUCCAUCCAGUCGAUCUCGAGCAUUGGAUCGCGGAGUGUGGGCGUUCAGGAGGAGGGACUCAGCCUGGGCAGCGAGAGUCCGCGGGUGAACGUGGAGACGGAGACGCCUUCGCCCUCGGCCUCGCCGGCCUUGAGUGCCGGCAGCAUUUCGCCGGCUCCCACGCUGACCACCUCCUCGGGAUCACCGCAGCCCCGCCAGAUGUCCCGGCGCAGUCUGAGCGAGGCCACCACGCCGCCCAGCCACGCCUCCCUGCUGAUCCGCGCCAGCAACAACAACAAUGGAGAGCUGAAGCAGGCGAGCUACACAUCCGGAUCGCCGACGCCCACCACGCCCACGCCCCCGCCCCCGCCCCUGCGACCGGGAGGAGGCACCGCCUGCCCCACCUCGGCAGCGACCUCCAGCGGGUUCCUGGAGCUGCUGCUCAGCCCGGACAAGUGCCAGGAGCUCAUCCAGUACCAGGUGCAGCACAACACGCUGCUCUUCCCGCAGCAGCUGCUGGACUCACGCCUGCUCUCGUGGGAGAUGCUGCAGGAGACGACGGCGCGCCUGCUCUUCAUGGCGGUGCGCUGGGUCAAGUGCCUCAUGCCCUUCCAGACGCUGUCCAAGAACGACCAGCACUUGCUGCUUCAGGAGUCUUGGAAGGAGCUCUUCCUGCUCAACCUGGCACAGUGGACUAUUCCCCUGGACCUAACGCCCAUCCUGGAGUCGCCACUCAUCCGGGAGCGGGUGCUGCAGGACGAGGCCACGCAGACGGAGAUGAAGACGAUCCAGGAGAUCCUGUGCCGCUUCCGACAGAUCACGCCCGACGGCAGCGAGGUGGGCUGCAUGAAGGCGAUCGCUCUGUUCGCCCCGGAGACCGCCGGCCUGUGCGACGUGCAGCCGGUGGAGAUGCUGCAGGACCAGGCGCAGUGCAUCCUGUCCGAUCACGUGCGUCUGCGGUACCCCCGUCAGGCGACCCGCUUCGGAAGGCUGCUGCUCCUGCUGCCGUCGCUGCGAACCAUCCGAGCCGCCACCAUCGAGGCGCUCUUCUUCAAGGAGACCAUCGGCAACGUGCCCAUUGCGCGGCUGCUGCGGGACAUGUACACCAUGGAGCCGGCCCAGGUGGACAAGUAAUCCACCCGAAUAGCAAUCAAAAUCGAUUCCCAAUUCACAGCACCUAAGCGGCACCGGUCGCUGCCACCUGCGAAAAUAUUUGUAUUCCAAUGCGACCCAAAAAGUAUUCAGAUUCACUGCGGGGGAAAGUGGGCGAAAG